UAUUCAAAAGGAUCCCCUAAUGAGCUGCAUGAGUGCUGGGUACAAAAGUUUCUCCAGGGGAGGGCGGUCACCAUGGCUCCGAAGUCCCUGGUCCUGUUGUCACUGUUGGUCCUGGUGGGGGUCCAGCCUUCCCUGGGCAAGGAAUCUGCAGCCGCCAAGUUUGAGCGGCAGCACAUGGAUUCCAGCACUUCCUCUGCCAGCAGCUCCAACUACUGCAACCAGAUGAUGAAGAGCCGGAACCUGACCCAAAAUCGAUGCAAGCCAGUGAACACCUUCGUGCAUGAGUCCCUGGCCAAUGUCCAGGCCGUGUGCUCCCAGAAAAAUGUUGCCUGCAAGAAUGGGCAGACCAAUUGCUACCAGAGCUACUCCACCAUGAGCAUCACAGACUGCCGUGAGACCGGCAGCUCCAAGUACCCCAACUGUGCCUACAAGACCACCCAGGCGGAGAAACACAUCAUAGUGGCUUGUGAGGGGAACCCAUACGUGCCAGUCCACUUCGAUGCUUCAGUGUAG